CCAGUCUUGUGCUGGGCGCCUAGAGAUGAACAUUUAACUGGCAGUCAGUCCAGGUUAUCUCUGAAAGCUCCUUGCUAAAUACAACGGUGGCACAGUUUAUUUUAAAGUCGGGCACUAACAUUAUACGAGACAAUGGGGCAAGUAUCUCACAACAUAUUGUGGAUGGCUCUUCCCCUAACACUGCUAACAGUUACAUUUACAGUGAUUGAGGUCUACGCCACAGACGCCGCUCCGUCACUCGUCCCCGUGUAUGAUCAGAACGAUCCACGUCGAUGCCUGUCCGCUUCACAAACGUCAGGUACCGCUGCCCCUCUCACCCGCUUCGAAGUGCUCCCCGGAGUCGGCUUCGACAACUUGAGAAACCUGGAUGCUGGACAGGUAGUCACCUGGACAUUUGACCAGUGUAAGACGACGGAGGACGGUCGUUACCUGAUCCCGGACUCUGUAUUCGUGGUGCCGAUCAAGUCCAGCGAGCUAGACGUCUUUGCCGAGAUGUUCGAACACUGGUCAUCUUAUUCCAGCGCCACCUCCAGGAGCAUCAACGCCGACGUCGGUGUCGGUUUCUCUCACGUCAGCAUCAGUGGCAAAUUUUCCUCAGAGUUCGAAUCGGUGAAGAAACAUCAGGUUCAGGACAAGGCCACGACGACCCGGGUUCAAAUACGCCAUACGUUAUACACGGCCAAGCUCCAGCCUGACGCCCCGCUCCACCCGGCCUUCAAGGGCAGGUUGAUGAACAUCGCUGCGCAAAUCCAAAACAACAACACGGCAGUCGCCGGAUACCUGAGUCAGCUCCUGGUGCGGGAUUACGGGACCCACGUGGUCACCAGUGCAGACGCUGGAGCGGCGCUCGUCAAGGAGGACCAAGUGAAAAAUUCCUUCACCAGUAACUACGAGAACUCCAAGAGUUCCAUCUCCGCUUCGGCCAGUGCGUCGUUUUUCUCAGUUCUGAAGUUCGACGCCGGGUAUUCUCAGCAAACCAGCAAAACCUUUCAAGACCAGUAUAUGGGCAACAUGACACACUCGACUGUGAGAACCAAUGGCGGUCCAGCCAUACGCGCCAAUUUCACCAUCCAGUUCUGGGAGGACGGCUUGCAAAACGAGCUCGUGGCCGUGGACCGAUCUGGUGAUCCUCUACACUUCGUGAUCACACCUUCAACGCUGCCGGAACUCCCGGAACCCACCAUUAAAGAUCUGUCCGAACUCGUCCGGUCUUCCAUCGACCUCUACUACAAGUUCAACACGUAUGCUGGCUGCACGAAGCAAGACUCCCCCAACUUCAGUUUUCAAGCAAACAUUGACGACGGCUCCUGUAAACAAACUCUGACAAAUUUCACUUUUGGAGGCGUGUACCAAACGUGCUCUCAGAGUUCAUUCGGCGCAGGAAACCUGUGCACGAAUCUUGCCCAGAAAAACCCACUUACUGGACGUAACAGCUGUCCUGAUGAAUACCAGAGUGUUCUUCUCCACCAAGGAUACGCCACAAAGUCGGACACACGAAGAGAAUGCGACAGAAAGUGCCAUCGGUGCUGGUUGUUCGCGAAAUGUUGCCAUGAUGAAUGUGGAGACAAGCGCUACUCGAGUAUGGCCAGAUAUGAAGCUUACUGGUGCGCCGCGAAGGGAGAAGUCAGCCAAAAUUCGGGCUACUUGUUUGGAGGGCUGUUCACAUCUCGAACGAACAACCCAAUGACAGGAGGAAGGUCAUGCCCUGUUGCCUUCUAUCCACUUAGGGUCGGGACAGACCUUGACGUGUGCGUAAGUGACGACUAUGAACUCGGAAGUAAGUAUGCCUUGCCGUUUGCUGGUUUCUUCAGUUGUGCGUCAGGAAACCCCCUGACGGUUCUUCCGAAUUCUGGGACCCCCAGCCAUCUCCUCCGUCAAGGCGAAUCCAAACCACUACGAAUGUUCAUGGAAAGCUCCGGACCACAAAAAUGGCCUCAUCGCUGUCCAGAUGGCUACAGCCAACAUUUGGCCGCAUUGGACCAGUCGUGUGAAAUUAACUUCUGCAUCAAAAUGGGAGCUCUGGAUGACAAAACGUUACCAAGCAUCCGCCGACCCCCAUUUAUACCUCAGCCUAGCGACAACCCCAACACUACCACCACAAUCAUCGUUUAUGGUGUUGCUGGAAGAGUCUGGAUCAAAAACGAAACUCGAGGCGAUUGGGUUCGCCUUGACAACAAGUCUGAUAAAACUUUAGCGCAGUGGGCUAAGCAGCAUCUAAAGAAAAUGGGGGAGGGAAGCAACGGUGAUGACCAGACAGAGGUUUCCGCUGGGGUAGGGGCUGGUAUUGGUAUAGCUGCCACGGUCCUGUGCGGUCUUAUCGUUGUAGUGAUCGUGGUUCGCAUCCGAGGCCGGCGAAACAGAAUCGAAGAGCGAGAGAUACCCAUCAACUCGCAGACGGAAAAGUACGGAACUGUGGAUGAAGUCAAUUCUGAUACAUAUGUGAAUGAAACCAGACUUCUCAUUCAGUAAAUAAGCCAACUGGCGUCUACAGCAAUCAGUCAAACCAUGUGUGAAAGGAGGAGGUGAUCAUGUGACAGUUUUUUUUGGUAUGCGUGUUUUUUGUCAGGGUACUCUGUUUUGUUUUAUCAAAGUUCACUUGUUCUGUAAAUAAUAUGUACUUGUCCUGAUCUUCUUUAUUUUUGAAAUAAAAAAAUUAGUUUUAUUU